AUGGCUACACAUUGGGUGACACGUUGGCAAAGAAAACUAGAAAUGGGUGAUCGAUCGUAUGGAUCUUCUUCUUCUUCUUCCUCAACUCUAAACUACAAAAACGUUUUGUGUAGAUGUGGUGAAAAACCAAAGAUCUGGACUUCAACGACCAGGAAGAACCCAGGGAGGCAUUUCAUUCGAUGCCCUAAUUCGCUGGAUACUUCAAAAGAUUGUAAAUUUUUUGUAUGGGUGGAUGAGGAUUUGGGUCUUCACUGGUAUAAGAGUAAAGUGAAUGAGUUGCAUAAGGAGAAUAUGAUUCUUUCUAAAAAGAAUAUGGAACUGGAGAAGGAGAACAUGAAUAUGCUGAAGAAAUUAAUGAACUUUAAGCUGAUCGACAAAAAAAAAAAAAGACUGGUGUAUUUAUGGUUAGGUUGA